AUGAUGACCGCCACCUGCCUGGCCGCGGCGUGCCUGCUCGCGCUCGCCGCCGGCGCUCGCGCCGAGAUGCACCCGCAGCUCGCCGGCAUGAACACCGUCCACACACACGGCGAUACCGGCGUCGCGAGCCUGCACACCGCCCGCCCCAUCGCGGAGGCCGUGCUCGGCAGCGAGGACGCGCGGGCGUCGGACGACCCGACGUCUGAGCACGGCGCGGGCGGGGAUCUGCCGCAGGCUGAGCUGGGCGCGGGCGCCGCGGACUUCGCGUCCAGGGUCUCCCCGGACUUCGAGGCGUUCGUGCAGACGCACAAGAAGGCUGGACACACCUACUGCCCCGGCUCGAGCGCCGGCGUGCCCUGCAUCGAGGCGAUGCGCAGGGAGCUGAGCUUCCUGGAGAACAAGGCGCUCAUCGAGCGGCACAACUCUCGCGGCGACUCCACCUUCAAGCUCGGUCUCACCCCCUUUGCGGAUGUCUCCCCGGAGGAGUUCGUGUCGGAGCAGCUCACCUACACUCCCGCCAAGUCCGUGCGCGAUUUCGUCGCGCGCAGGCGCUCCGAGGCUCUCACGCGUGCCGCCUCCGACAAGGGUGUGGGCCAGACGGUCGGCGGCGUGAUUGGCGAGGUGUCGCGGGGCGCCGGCAGGUUGGGCGAGCCGAGGGCGAGGACGGAGGCGGAGCUCGGCGCCAAGUACCCGCGCAACUUCGACUGGGCGGACGUCCCGGAAGUGAUGGGUAAGAUCCACACGCAGGAGACCUCGUGCGCGUCCUGCUGGGCGUACACUUCCACGGACACCAUCGAGGCGAUCGAGGUCAUCAGCGGGCGCCGCAAGAAGCACGUCGAGCUCAGCGCCGAGCAGCUCAUCAACUGCGACAACUACGACAGCGGGUGCAACACCGGCAACAUGUUCACGGCGUACGAGUGGAUCCACGAGCACGGCGGGCUGGCCACCGCGAGGGCAUUCCACGGCGCCGCGGGGCUCCUCGCUCGCGCGGAGAGCGCCGCAAUGCUCGGCGCGGGAUCCGGCGCCGCGCUUGGUUCGUUUCGGGAAAGAGUCGCCGCCGUUCGGGAAAAAGACGCCAAGGCGCUCAUCGAUCAGGCUCGCGACGAGGGCAACCUCGGCGAGUUCGGCGUGUUCUUCGAGGAGUCGCUCGGCGCCGAGGAGGAGAAGCGCGUGCUCGACAGCAUCGAAUCCGGCCUGGGUUCCACGCACGGCAACUGCCCGGCGAACAUGAACCUCCAGGACAGGGUGUACGGCUACUGCGAGCUCAACUUUGACGCCGGCGAGGCUGCGCUCAUGGAGGCCGUCUCCAAGCAGCCCGUCGCCGUUGGAAUCAACGCCAACAAGAUCUUCCAGCUGUACGCGUCGGGUAUCAUCCGAUCCUCCGACUGCGGCCCCGCGCCGCACACCCCAGACUCCGAGAUCAUGGCAAUCAACCACGCCGUGGUCGUCACCGGCUGGGGCGAGGAGAUGGUCAAGGGCGAGCUCAUCAAGUACUGGAUCCUCAAGAACUCCUUCGGCGAGAACUGGGGCGAGCAUGGAUACUUCAAGCUCGAGCGCGGACCGGACACUGUAGAUCAGGAGGGCUUCGGCACCUGCGGCCUGUACUUUGAAUCUGUGUACCCCAUCAUCGACGAGGAUGCCAACGAGGACUCGUGCAUCAAGGGCUCGACCUUCAGAUCCAAGUAUUACUCCGCCGCGUACGCAAACGCGGGCCUCGGUAAGUCCUCCACGCUGAGCAUGCGCGAUUUUACGUCCGCGAACGCGAGCGCGGGCGUCGGGCAGGUCGCGGUGAUGCUCGUGGGAUUCGGGUUUGUGACUGGCAUCCUGGUGGUGUCUGUGUUCUUGGCUGUUCGAGCGGCGAGGAAGACGCUCACGAGGGGAACCGAGGAGGAGCCCCUGCUGUGAUUGGUACAUAUAUUAGCAGUUGACCGCAUUGGCAAUAUGUAAAUGAGCUCUUUUAGACGAUGAACCG